GUAAAAUAAACGAUUUCCUUGCGUGUGGACGUAAUGCAGUGUGUUGGCCAUAUUUUUCGGUUAAAAUAUCGUCUUAAAAUAAUUUUCACCAUUUGAUUGUUACAGACUUUCAACCAAAUAAAGCAAUAAGUUACAAUUGUGAUAUAUUUACUAGCAAACUGUUAAUGAAAAAAAGUUUUGUGAAUAAAUGUUGUGACGCCAUUUUCCGCAUUUCAUCGAAUAUUCGACCAAUGAUAAAUAGCUAAUUAUACAAUUUCUGAACGUUUUUUGAAUUAUGGAGAAAUGUAGGGAAUAUUCUCCUCGAGGGAGAAGCAUGAGCAUCUCUCCUGAAUACCAAAGGGAAUCUCCAAAUUAUAGAUCCUAUAAAUCAAGGUCUGGCUCUAGAUCUCCACAUUACAGAAGACACGGCCAUAGAUCGCCUAACCAUCACAAAAAAUCUUAUCACGAUAGAGAAGACCGGGUACGAAAUGGUAGCGAUUAUGAGAGCGAUAGGGAGUACAGAAGAGAUAGGGAAUUGUCCUGGGACAACGAAGAAAGGCGUAAAAGCCGGUCGAGGAGCCCCAGGGAGCGCGAAAGGAGUCGCUACCACAGACGAGACAGAGACCACCAUCGAAGAAGAAGGUCUAGAAGUGGCGGUUCGCGCUGGGAACGGAAAUCGGAAGACCGGAAGCGCGAUAGGUCGUACAGGGACGAUGAUAGAGACAGUGAUAGGUAUACAGUAUUCGGAAUGGAUGUGCAUAUUAUUUUCACUGUGUGUACUUAUGCCUUUAAUUGAUUUUGACAGUGAAAGGAGUCCCAACGGUGCUGUCAUUGGAGCCAGCGGGUCCGAAAUUAUAGGGUACAAAAGCCAACCCCCCAAUAAUACAAUCAUGAUUCGGGGCCUGGCCCAGCACAUCACUGAGAACGAUAUACGACAGGAUAUAAUACAGUGUGGCUUGAUGCCAAAGGACAUAAGGCUGAUUCGUAAAAAAGAUACAGGUGCUUCACGCGGUUUCGCCUUUGUCGAGUUUGGAUCACUUGGUGAGGCCAUUCGGUGGAUGGACAUGAAACAGGGCGUUUUGAUGCUACAAGAUCAGUAUAGGGCUAUCAUGCAGUAUAGCAUCCCAAAGGAUGGGGCAGCAUCUGAAAAACCACUAAUGCACAAAGCAUCAGCCGACUGGUUUUGCAUUAAAUGCGGAGCCCAGAACUUUAAACGAAGAGACAACUGCUUUAAAUGCCAUGCAUCAAGGAUGGAAAGCGAGGAGGGCGGAAGCGGAAGUGACGAAAUUUGCGCCUAUGCCACCAAAACAAUAAUGAUGCGUAACCUAGACGCCCUAACCACAGAAGACUCGGUUAUGACGGUUCUUAACUCCGUAGUGCCAGAACUGGUAAAAAGUAUUUCUGCAGUAUGCAUCGGUAGGGAUCCUUUGACCUCGACAUCGCGUGGAAUAUGCUAUUUAGGUACGGAAAGUACCCUAGAUGCUCUUGCAAUCCACGGAGCGUUGAGUGGCUUACCUCACCCACUUGCAAUCGACGGUAAAACUGUGAUUCUAUCGUACUGCAAGUACAACAUGGGCGACACUAAGAAGGCUUACUCGCAAGCCGACAACGCCGCAUUUCCCAACGCUGCCGUGCCCAGCACGUACGCUAUGACCGACGUGGACAAUUUGGCCGAGUAUGCAGCUAAACGUUACGCAAAAACGCCUCAAGAAUACGUGUCUUACAUAGAGUAUUAUCGCAGCUAUUUCAGCCAGCAGAUCAGUGCGGGCCACACAAUCACGCUGCAUCAAGGAAAUCAGAUGGACGCAGCUAAUGCAGCUGCGGCUGUGGCGCAGUCGGCCAUACAGCAGAUGAACGCCAACAAAACCUUCUACGAUUCCACGCAUAUUAACAUACCGAACGGCACCGACAAUAAGAGGUACCCGGUGCCGGAUAUCUCCAAGUACACCUUUGAUAAAGCUACAGGUUAUCAAUUCGAUCAAUCUACAGGGCUGUAUUACGAUCCGAAUUCCACCUACUAUUGGAACUGCGUGAUUCAAAAAUACUUGUACUGGGAUCAAGAGAAAAUGACGUACGUCUUGGCUCCGACGUCCUACGAAAAUUACUCCGGCGGUAUAGUAGGUACCCCCACUACUUCCGCCAGCGCUGAGAACGUGGAGACGGACAAUAAGCGCCACAAGGUCGAGAAAACCGAUAAAGUUAAAGUAGCCAAAAAAAUCGCCAAAGAUAUGGAACGGUGGGCCAAAACGCUCAACCAGAAGAAGGAAACCUCCACUACCAGGAAUAUCAACGAUUACGCCAUGGCAAGCAGUAGCGCUUCGGCCGACAUAGGUUUCGCGGUGUUGGAGAAAAAGCAUGUGCAAAUCAACGCCCAAAUGCAGACGUUCAAAAACGAGUUGCCGGACGACAGUCCGACCGCUUCCACCUCCACGCCCCUAGUCGCUGCCUACGGCGGCGAAAGCGAGUCUUCCGGGGGCGAGGAGGACGACGAGGGCGAACUUCUGGAUUACGCCAAGCUUAUCUGCAACCUGUGCAAAAGGCAGCUGGGCUCGGCUGAAGCGCUCACAAAGCACGCUAAACUGUCGUCGUUGCACAAGCAAAAUUUGGAAUCGAGGAAAAAGGUGAAAAGGGCGGAGAGGGACACGACCAAAGACAAAAUUGUUUACCGCGAUAGAGCCAAGGAGAGGCGCUUGAAAUACGGCGACCCUGACGAAGCCCAACCCAGUAAAUUGAAGGAGAAAUACCUGAAAUCCAGGGAAAUUGAAAUACCAGCCACUGCGGCCUCAGUCUCCGAACCCAUCGGCUCAGAGAACGUCGGGAAUAGGCUACUUCAGAAAAUGGGCUGGUCUGAAGGGCAAGGCUUGGGCCGGAUGAACCAAGGCAGAACCACUAUUAUACAGGCUGAGCAACAUACUAGCACAGUUGGAUUGGGUAAUAAAGUGCCUGGGUACAGUGCACUGGCAGGGGAAUCCUAUAAAGACUGUGUCAAAAAAAUGAUGUACGCAAGAUACCAAGAACUUACCGAAAAAGAAAACCAUUCUUAAUUAGUUGUUUUGAUUAUUUAAUUCAACUUGUAUUUUCAAGACUUAGUUUUCCUUUAUUUUUAUGUAUAUACAGUUAUACAGUAACUUUAUUUUACUUAUUAAAACAAGCCUUAUUUUAUAUCUCUUUG